CACGUCCCCUGCCCCACCCAGUAGGUGUCCUGGGCAACCAGGGUGGCUCCUCUGUGACCUUGCUGCGGAACCAGUGGAACCGGUCAGUGUGCACCAUGCUGUGCUGCCUGCUGCUCCUCGCCCUGCUGCUGGGGGCUGCCCUCCCACAGCCUGUGCACCAGAGGAACAGCUACUCAGUUCCUGAGGAUUUCACUGCUCCCCUGGAGCUGCCACAGAAGCACUUCGGCCUGGUGGAUGAUUACGGCAUCAGACCCAAGCAGCCUCGCUUCGGAACGCGGGCGGCCCCGCGGCGGCCGGCGGAGCUGCGCAGAGCUCGCAAAAGCAAGCGCGACGGCCUGGACCUGCUGGAGUACUACGAGGACGGGCGCCUGUGAGCCAGUGUGCCCCGUGCCUGCCACAGCCCAGCAGGUGAGGGCUGGGGCAGAACCUGCCAGAAGUCCCUUUGGGUCAUCAUAUGAUCUGUGGACUCCCAGGACUGCAGCCAGGGCUCUUGGACCAAUACUGAAAAGCUCCAGCUCCUCUUGGGGUCCCAAGGGAAAGAAGAAGCCAGGGUCCAACCCUCUUGCAGUGGGAAACAAACACCACAGUAGCUCCGCUCCAGGAACCAUCAUAUUUAAUAGUUGUUGCCAUCACAGCAGAUCCAGCUGAAGCACAGAGAUCACUGGCUGCAGGGACCGGAGAGCUCUUCCACCUCCCUGGUGCUUCGCACGGCUCCCUGCGGCCUUUAGCCCUUCCCUGUCCCACUUCAGGCAGACAUCCAGCUUUGUGCAGGGGCUGAGCCCCACUGAGCUGGGGUGCCCCUGCCCUGCCUCUGCCACCUGCAGCUUGGGGGAGAGGGGAAAGGGGCAGAGAAAGGCUUCCCUCCCAAGGGUAUAGUUACUGCAGGGAGGUAUGAGGGCAAUUUUUCUCUCUCCCCAGGGCAUGGAUACAGGAUGGAAGAGGUAGGGAUGGGGACAGAGGCAGGGGAAAGCUGUCUCAUCUCAUUCUGGAUCUGGUAGAGGGGAUACUGGGGCUUCCUCUACCACCUCUGCCCAGCAGCCAUCUCCCCAGGGCUUGGCAGGGAGGUGAUCCCAUCUCCCAGGCAGGAGCCAGCAUGUGGGUCUUGUUUUCUGUAGCUGCUGUGUCAUCAUACUGCAAGAGACUGACUCUGCCCCUGCAAUUAAAAGUCACCCCAGAUGGAUGUGACAGGAAGCUGUGCCAUGGUCACAAGGAGGAGAUGCUGUCACCCCAGCCUGCAGCUGGAAAGGGCACGAGCACACUACUGCCCCCCACCAACUGCUCACAAGCAGGGCACCCAGCGGGUGCUUCUCCAGUAGAAUAAACUAAGAGUAUUUUGUACAAUAAACACAAUUUGUCCAG